AUGAGGUCCCAGCUUCUUCGGAGUGCUGCUCGGUGUCUGUGGGCUGGCAAGGUUGUCAGCCCGGUCCGCCGGCACCUAAACUGCGGAAGCCUGCCGCUGGAGGAGCUGUUCGCUCGCGGCGGACCCUUGCGGGCCUUUCUGGAGCGUCAGGCAGGAUCUGAAGCCCAGUUGCAGGUCAGGGCUGAGCUGCUGGCGGCAGCCAAACUGCUGAGCGAAAAGGAGCAGGAGCUGCAGGAGACUGAGCACUUGCUACACGAUGAAAAUGAGGACUUAAGGAAACUUGCAGAGAAUGAAAUAAGCUCAUGUCAAAAGGAAGUAACUCAGUUGAAGCAUCAGAUUAUUUUAUUUUUGUUUCCCUCAGAAGAAACAAAUGAAAAUGAUUUGAUCUUGGAGGUAACUGCAGGAGUUGGGGCUCAGGAGGCAAUGUGGUUUACUUCAGAGAUGUUUGAUAUGUAUCAGCAAUAUGCUGCAUUUAAAAGAUGGCAUUUUGAAACCCUGGAAUACUGUCCAAGUGAAAUAGGCAGCCUUAGACAUGCAUCUGCCAGCAUUGGGGGUUUAGAAGCCUAUAAGCACAUGAAAUUUGAAGGUGUGCACAGAGUACAAAGAGUGCCAAAGACAGAGAAGCAAGGCCGCAUCCAUACUAGCACCAUGGCUGUAGCAAUAUUGCCCCAGCCAACUGAGAUUAAUCUGGUGAUUAACCCGAAAGAUUUGCGAAUUGAUACUAAGCGAGCCAGUGGAGCUGGAGGACAGCAUGUAAAUACCACGGACAGUGCUGUCCGGAUAGUUCAUCUUCCAACAGGUGUUGUUUCUGAAUGCCAACAAGAGAGAUCUCAACUGAAAAACAGAGAGAUGGCUAUGAAGAAGCUGCGUGCGAAACUGUACAGCAUGCAUCUGGAAGAGGAGACAAGUAAAAGAUACAGUGCUAGAAAGAUUCAGGUUAGAACUAAAGGAAGGUCAGAGAAAAUAAGAACAUAUAAUUUUCCACAGAACCAGGUCACAGAUCACAGAAUAAACAGGUCACUUCAUGAUCUUGAAAGUUUUAUGCAAGGGGAGUUUCUGCUGGAUGAACUUGUACAGUCCUUGAAGGACUAUGCUGAUUAUGAAUCUUUAGUAGAAAUUAUUUCCCAAAAAGCUUAA